AUGAGCCAACUUGCGCAAUACCAUGUUCAAGCGUCAGUAGACAACCCCAUAUCGCAUGAGCAUCAUCGUUCUAUCAGCGCUCUGUGGGAGAAGAAGUGGAAGCCGUCGGCCCAAUUGGGCAUCUAUCCUUUUAUGGAUGGCAAAAUUGAAGAUUUCGAGCCACUUUUCGACAAGCUUAUCAAGGAAAACGGCGAUGAUUGCGCCGCCCUCUUCAAUCCUGACAAAUACGCCAAGCAUUUUCUGCCCGUUGCGGAAUCUCUUAUUUCCCAAGCUAAGUCUUUGGAGGAAGUUGGAAAAACUACUGAAGCCCGGGAUUUGUUCCUUCGCGCUGGGGCUGUUUGUCGACUUGCUCGAUUCCCAAUCAACCGUGUCGAUUAUCCGCUCUGCGAUAAAGCCUGGCAGCUCAACAAGGCUGCUUACAUGGCAGCUUCACCGUACCUCGAAACGCCAAACGAAGAAGUCUUCAUCCCUCACGUACAUGCUUCUGAAGUCGCUGGCGAGUCCAAAAGCUCUACUAUACCUGUUUACGUGCGUGUACCUAAGGGAGAGAGCCCCAAGUCGGGCUGGCCUGUCAUUCUCUACAUUUGCGGCUUGGACGCCUACCGAACAGAACUCACCGAAUUAGUCACAAUGUGGAACCGUUUAGGGUACGCCUGUGUCAGCGCAGAAGUUCCCGGCACAGGUGACUGCCCUGCGGCACGGAGCGACCCUACUUCACCUGACCGGCUGUGGUCCAGUGUGCUUGACUGGAUGGAGAAAGUCAAAAGUGAGCGGGGAUUCGACACUUCCCGCAUCGUGGUUCAUGGUCUAAGCACGGGAGGAUACUACGCCAUUAGGAUUGCACACACUCAUGCCGACCGACUGCUUGCAGUAGCAGCCCACGGUGGCGGAUGUCACCAUAUGUUCGAUCCAGCUUGGCUCCGUGCCGUUAAUCACAUGGAAUACCCCUUUGCUUUGGCUGAAGCAAUGGCAUACAAGUUUGGCUACGAAACGGUCGAGGAUUUCGUCGAGGUCGCUCAAGGUCGUUUUAGCUUGCUGGAAAACAAGAUCCUUGAUAUGCCCUCUACACAUCUGUUGCUUACUAACGGUGUAGAGGAUAGCAUCUUCCCCAUUGAGGAUUGUGUACUGCCACUCAAGCAUGGCAAUCCUAAGGUGGCAAGGCUCAUUGAAGGACGAGAACACAUGGGCUCUCCAGAGGCAGACGCCGUCGUCGUUGAAUGGAUUCGUCGUUUGGUUGGGAAGUAG